AUGUGGGUGGCCAUGGGCAUGCUCUGGCUCCUUGUUCUUGGGGGACCUCACCAGGCCUGGAGCUUCUGUCCCUCUCAAUGCAGCUGCAGCCUGCACAUCCUGAGUGACGGCAGCAAGGCCAGGACAGUGGUGUGCAGCGACCCUGACUUGACCCUGCCCCCACCUUCGAUUCCUCCGGACACCUGCAGGUUGCGCCUGGAGCGAACCGCCAUCCGCAGGGUGCCUGGAGAGGCAUUCCGGCCUCUCAGCCGCCUGGAACAGCUGUGGCUGCCCUACAAUGCUCUCAGUGAGCUCAGUGCCCUCAUGCUCCGGGGCCUGCGCCGCCUAAGAGAGCUGCGUCUGCCGGGGAACCGCCUGGCUGCUUUCCCCUGGGCUGCACUCAAGGAUGCUCCACAGCUGCAGCUGCUGGACCUGCAGGCCAAUCGCCUGGCGACCUUGCCACCUGAGGCUGCACACUUUCUGGAGAACCUUACUUUCCUGGACCUCUCCAGCAACCAGCUGAUGAGGCUUCCUCUGGAGUUGCUGGACACCUGGGCUCACCUGAAGACCGGAUCCUUUCUUUCCAGCUACCGUGCCAGGCUAGUCCUAGGGCUUCAGGACAACCCCUGGGUAUGUGACUGUCGACUCUAUGACCUGGUCCAUCUUCUAGAUGGCUGGGCUUCAAAUUUGGUUUUCAUCGAGCCUAAACUGAGGUGUGCCAGCCCACGAAGUCUGGCUGGAGUGGACUUCAGUCAGCUGGAGUUGAGAAAGUGUCAGAGCCCAGAGCUCCGUCCAGGGGUGACCAGCAUCAUAUCCCCUUUGGGUAGUACCGUAUUGCUGCGUUGUGGAGCAACUGGGAUCCCAGGUCCUGAGAUGAGCUGGAGGAGAGCCAAUGGACGUCCACUCAAUGGCACAGUGCACCAGGAAGUCUCCAAUGAUGGCUCAAGUUGGACUUUGCUGGAUCUGCCUGUUGUGUCUCUCUUUGAUUCUGGAGACUACAUCUGCCAGGCCAAGAACUUCCUAGGGGCUUCUGAGACCUUGAUCUCCUUGAUUGUCACUGAGCCCCAGACUUCUACUGGAUUUAAUGGGAUUCAGGGGGCCCUGUGGGCAAGGACAGGGGAGGGGGCAGAAGCCGCUGCUUACAACAACAAGCUGGUGGCCAGGCAUGUUCCUCGUAUUCUGGAGCCUUUAGCCCCGGCUACCAAGCCCUCGGUGCCCCGCCUAAAGGAGGAGCUGGAGCUCCAGCACUUUCAGAUGGACGUCCCAGGAGAGUUCUCCAGAGAGCAAGCAGAGCACAAGGAAGCCCAAAUGGUCAGGUCUCUCAAGGUGUUGGGAGAUACUUACCACAGUGUGUCUCUGGUGUGGAAGGCCCCUGAAGCUGGGAACACAACUGCGUUUAGUGUCCUUUAUGCAGUCUUUGGGCAGCGUGACAUGCGGAGGAUGACUGUGGAGCCUGGGAAGACUAGUGUCACCAUCGAGGGGCUUGCUCCAAAGACCAAGUAUGUGGCAUGUGUCUGUGUGAGGGGGCUGGUGCCUACGAAGGAACAGUGUGUCAUCUUCUCUACUGAUGAGGUGGUAGAUGCAGAGGGCACCCAGCGCCUCAUCAACAUGGUGGUGAUCAGCGUGGCAGCCAUCAUCGCGCUGCCUCCCACCCUGCUGGUCUGCUGCGGGGCCCUCAGAAGACGCUGCCACAAGUGCCGCACUGGGAGCUCUGCAGAGGCUUCUGGUGCCUAUGUUAAUUUGGAAAGACUGGGCCACAGUGAGGAUGGCUCAGAGGAGCUGUCCAGGGGCAGCCUCAGUGAGGCAGAUAGGCUUCUCUCAGCGCGCUCCAGCAUGGACUCCCAGGUCUUGGGAGUCAGGGGUGGCAGACGCAUCAAUGAAUACUUCUGCUGA